AGCCUCAGCAACAACGCCCCCUGGGGUCACACUUUACGGUGGAGUAAUUUCAAUCAGAUGCUUUCUCAGCAGCUCAUGUGAUAUUCACGUGAGCGAAGCUCGUGACUUCCCCAACUCUUCCAAUCACAACAAUUCCUUGGUUUUCAACAUGUCAGCCGUCCUGUUGCAACAGUAUCGAGAGGAAAUACGCACAGAACUCGACCGUGUAGUGAGCUUCUGGCUGACUUAUUCUCACGACACGAAAUAUGGAGGGUUUUUCACUUGCAUCGAUAAAAAGGGACAGGUCUACGAUGAUUUGAAGUAUGUCUGGUUGCAGGGCAGACAGGUAUGGAUGUACUGCCGUUUGUAUCGAACAAUGGAGCGCUUUCACAAACAAGAAAUUCUUCAAGCUGCAAAAGCUGGUGGAGAAUUCCUCAGACAGUUUGCUCGUGUUCCCAGCGACUCUCCUACAUGGAAAUGUGCCUUUUGUUUAACGAAGGACGGUAAACCAGUAAAGAUACAGCGCUCCAUCUUUAGUGAGUGUUUCUACAUCAUGGCAAUGGAUGAAUUAAGCCGGGUCACUGGAGACAAAGAUAUGCAGGCAGAAGCAGAACAGAUGAUGGAUCAUAUCAUUCACUGGGUCAGAGUGGACCCGUCAGAACUUGGUAGGACCAAGCUUCCUGGAGACGAGCCUAUGAACAGCAUGGCUGUGCCCAUGAUGCUGCUGAGCCUGGUACAACAGCUGACAGAGGAACGGGACCAGGAUCUGGUCGAGAAGUAUAGAGAAACCGGCCACUGGUGUGUUAAAAAAAUCCUGCAACACAUUCAGAGAGGUGGCAUGGCUAUCUUGGAGAAUGUUUCUUUGGAGGGCGCUGAACUAAAUGGUUGCCAGGGACGACUGCAGAACCCAGGACAUGCCUUAGAAGCUGGAUGGUUCCUGCUGCAGUUCUGUGGAACACAUGGUGAUGAGUCACUUCAGUUGGCAGCUAUCAGCAAAUUCAUUGAACCCCAGUUUCAAAGAGGCUGGGAUAAAGAGCAUGGUGGAUUCUUCUACUUCUUGGAUGUCGAUGGUCAUUGUCCUACACAGCUGGAAUGGAGUAUGAAGCUGUGGUGGCCUCACUGCGAGGCUCUUAUUGCCUUGUUGAUGGCUUACAACAACACCAAGAAACCAACUCUCCUUGACAGAUUCACUGAAGUUUACGAGUACACCUUUAGCCAUUUCUCCGAUCCUGAAAAUGGUGAAUGGUUUGGCUAUUUAACACAAGAAGGGAAGGUGGCAUUGGAUUUCAAAGGAGGUCCAUUUAAAGGUUUCUUCCAUGUCCCACGGUGCCUGUACAUGUGUGAGCGAAUCCUCGAUGGGCUUCUAGGAGAUAAAAACUGAAUCAGUUCUAAAUCAGUCACAACAUCGAUCAGUUGGUUGCAGUUUAAUUUAUCUUGAUUGGUUGAUAUGUAAAGCCAUUUUGAAGAGCAGUGUGAUCAAAGUGCUAUAAUCGUCCAAGAAAUUAUUGUGAAUUGCACUCCAGAUUAUGCCAAUUGUGUAUGAUUUGUGCGAUGCUUUUCUUAAAAAAACAGGCAACUUCGAAAUUAACUUGUAUGUAUAGUCAACCUAUUUUUAAAACGUCAAUGUACUGUAUCUGUUCACAAAAAUCGAACAUUUUAAUUGUGUAGUUUUAAUCUGAGCCUUCGUCGCAUCCUUUUUCUUUUGAAAAAACAGAUAAACAGAAGCAACCUGA